AGAUGCCAAUGCCCAGAAUUUAACACACUAGUCCCUACAGGUUUUCUUCAUUACCAGCGCCAGAUGAAGUUAUCUGUGUAAACUCCUGAGCUGUGCAUCAGCAGUAGCGCUUCAGGCUUCGUGUCGCUGUAGCAGUGCAAAACGUGCUGACCUCUGCGCACAGCGCGCGCACAUUACCGGCUCGCAGGUGGAAAGUUCAUACUAGUGGGGGACAUGAAAUUAAAGACUUAGAAAACUUUUAACCUCUCUCUCUCUCCCUCACUCUCCCUCGCGCGCGCUUUGGGCAUGUGUCCAGACCCCGCACGCUCCAGCGCGCUCCGCCUCGCUCCGGUGGGGGGGGCUAAAGGCCGCGCGCGCCCUGGCCCACCGCCUCGCUGCCUCCGCUAUAUAAACACACAUUGGGAGCUCGCUUAGCGACUCGAACUCACAUUGAGAAACUAUGUGAAAAGAGAGAGAGAGAGAGUGAGAGAGAGAAAGAGAGAGAGAGAGCAUCAGAAAAGAAGGUAGACAGACGCACUACAGUCAUUUGAAGAUUUUCUAGCGCUCUGUAGACAUCAGCAUCCGUGCACAAGCCGCAGAGGAUUAUUCCUUUUUCUUUACUCCUUUAUUUAACCUUAUGACCAGUACUUGAAUUUCAGUCUAUCAAAAAUAGUUUAUAGCUAUAAAAAUUUUUUUGGGGGGAGAGAAGUUUUGAGGACUUUCGUUUUUCACAUUUUUCUCACUUAGAUACUUUUAAGUCGAGUUUGAAAUUGUCAUCAGCUUUCCCACGUGGUUAUACUAGUCUGACAAGUUCACGGCAAUUUGUCAUUCCUCCAAAAACUUCCAACAUCCACAGAGGGCUUUGGUUUAAAAAUGAUGUGCCAAAGUCUUACUUCGACUUAUUUCUAUUUGGACACAGUUAAUUAAAAUACCAACUUUUCAUACCUUUACUGAACUUUUAUAGUUUAGUUUAUGUGAGAGAUAAAGUUCGGAAAAGUCCAUCAUUUAGUCUAUCAUUUAGUGAAAUACCUGCAGAUUAGAAAAAAGUCGGUGCAGCGCACGUUCCGCUCUAAAGAAAGGCUGAAAUCGACUCGAGCUUUCCCGGACACUCGUCGCAAUGCUCUUCGGGAGUUUGGACCUGGUGUCUGCGCUGGCCACGCUGGCCGCGUGCUUGGCCUCAGUGGCGCUCCUGAUCGCCGUGUCUCAGCAGCUGUGGCAGCUCCGCUGGACCGCCACGCGGGACAAGAACUGCAAGUUGCCCAUGCCGAAGGGCUCCAUGGGCUUCCCUAUCAUCGGCGAGACGUGCCACUGGCUGGUCCAGGGUGCGGGGUUCCAUGCUUCGAGGAGGCAGAAGUAUGGUAACGUGUUUAAAACUCACUUGCUGGGCCGUCCAGUGAUCCGGGUGACAGGAGCAGAGAAUGUGCGGAAGGUGCUGAUGGGGGAACACACUCUGGUGAGUGUGGACUGGCCCCAGAGCACCAGCACUCUUCUAGGACCCAAUAGCCUUGCCAACUCCAUCGGAGACAUCCACCGUAAAAAGAGGAAGAUAUUUGCUAAAGUCUUCAGCCAUGAGGCGCUAGAGAGCUACUUGCCUAAGAUCCAGCAGGUGAUCCAGGAGACGCUACGUGUGUGGAGCUCCAACCCAAAGCCCAUCAAUGUGUACCGUGAGUCUCAGCACCUCUCCUUUCAGAUGGCCAUCCGUGUCCUCCUUGGUUUCCGCAUUUCCGAUGAAGAGAUGCACUUCCUUUUCCACACCUUCCAGGAGUUUGUGGAUAAUGUUUUUUCAUUGCCCAUUGACUUGCCCUUCAGUGGCUACAGAAAGGGCAUUCGUGCAAGGGACACCCUUCAGAAGGCCAUAGAGAAAGCCAUCAGGGAGAAGCCACUGUGUACACAGGGGAAGGACUAUACUGAUGCCUUGGACGUGCUUCUGGAGAGUGCCAAAGAGAAUGGGACAGAGCUCAGCAUGCAGGAGCUUAAGGAGUCCACCAUCGAGUUGAUCUUUGCUGCCUUUGCCACCACGGCCAGUGCCAGCACCUCUCUGGUCAUGCAGUUACUGCGGCACCCAGCGGUGUUGGAGAAGCUGCGUGAGGAGCUGCGCAACUGCGGCCUUCUGCAUGAUGGCUGCUUGUGCCAGGGUGAACUGCGGCUUGACAACAUCUGCAGCCUCAAGUACCUGGACUGUGUCAUCAAGGAGGUGUUGCGUCUCUAUGCACCAGUGUCAGGGGGCUACCGCACCGCCAUGCAGACCUUUGAGCUUGAUGGUGUGCAAAUUCCUAAGGGUUGGAGUGUUAUGUACAGCAUCCGAGACACUCAUGACACAUCAGCUGUUUUUAAGGACGUGGCGGCCUUCGACCCUGAUCGCUUCAGUGCAGAGCGCAGCGAGGAUCGCGAGGGCCGCUUCCACUACCUGCCCUUCGGAGGUGGUGUGCGCUCAUGCCUGGGGAAACAGCUGGCCACGCUCUUCCUCAAGCUGCUGGCUAUAGAGCUGGCCGGGGGGAGCCGCUUCGAGCUGGCCACGCGGACGUUCCCACGUCUGGUCUCCGUCCCUGUGGUCCACCCCACUGACGGCCUCCGAGUCAAGUUCUUUGGCCUGGACUCCAACCAGAACCAGAUCAUGUCCAAGACAGACGAGAUGCUGGGUGCCACUGUGUGAGAGGGGGAAAGUGGAGGAAGUGGAUGUGAGAGUUAUUUUUGACACUUAUGUUUAAUGUUGUUUUGUCAAGUGGCAAAAAUCUAGUGAGUUGAGAGAGACACUCUUCCUGUCAGUUUCAAGAUGUCACUUUUGCCAAAAAUGUACAGUCUAUCUUUUUCUAUAAAAAUGUAAAAAAAACACAUAAUUAAAAAAAAAAAACAUAAAUGUAAUGCAAAGACCAUUAAGCGAUGCUAAGACCAUUAAGUGAUGCUGUGAGAAAGAGGGCACAAGAUGAAAGAAUGUUAAAAGGAGGACUGUAAGUUUCAAAAAGAACGAAGGAUGUAAUGUGUGUCCAGCUAAGUAGAUAUCACAGGGUAUGGGCAAGUGUGUGCUCACAGUGAAGUGAGGACAUGAAGAAUCAUUCUUAUUAUAGCCUGAGGUCUAGUACAGGGGUAUCUUUCAGGGUUUGUGUGUGUGUGUUAUUCUCAUUUUUGUAUGUCUGUAAAACAAAUACUUACUUACAUGUACAUUUGGUUUUGAUCAUAUGUGUGUGUACCUAUUUGGAGCGGUGGGGUGGCUUCAGGCAUUUAGGAAUGUAGAAAACAGUGUAAGCUAGAAAGAAUAAGAGGAGGGUGUAAUUACUCAGGUGUGUAAGUAGAAUAGGAGGACUGUCUAGACUAACCCAAUACUAUUUUGUUUCUGUACCUGCACAUAAGUGACAAUUUAUUAUCAUAUUAUUACUUCAAACAGUGUGUGUAUGAGUGUGUUUGUGUGUGUGUCUUAGAGAAUGAGAGAGAAAAAGAGAGAACAUAAAAAAACACUCAACCUGUGUGCUAUUAUAAUUUUUUUGUGUUUUUUUUUUCAUUGAUGUCACGUUGAAUUCUCUCUGUCUUGUCUCCGUGAUGUCAGGUUGCAUCAGGUGUAUGUGUGUGUCUGAAUAGACAUGAGACUCUCAAAACAAGCUAUAUUUUGGGGACGGAGAAAGCUCAUACUGCAAAGUGUAUAUUCAGAAAGAUCACUACAGAACACAGAGUUUGCAGGCCGCCAUAUUUGCUGCUUGAGAGUCAGGAUGUUAUUCACGUGUCAGAGCAGAGCACUGUUUGGCCUCUGCUGAGAGGGACUGUUCUUUUUCCUGCUGCUCCACCUUGCAACACAAUGAUGCAAAUGGAAAAAAGGUCAUUUGAUGAAGAAAACAGAUUUGCCGAUCAUCAGUGUGUGGUUUUUUUGUUAAAUGGAACCUUCAAUGCCACUUCACACGAACUAUUUAUGUGAGUGACUUGCAGUGAGAUUGAAAGAGAGGGGCACUAGGACCAUUGGUGGAAUUAAAAAAAACCCUAUGGAAGAAAUUUAUCACUUCUUUCACACAUCAUGCGAAGGAUUUUUUUUUUUUUUUUUUAUAAAACAUGCCACUGAUCUUUCUAUUAUUAAUAAUUGAAUGAAAUGAAAUAAAAUCUGCUGCUUCAAAUGUACCGCUUUCUAACAGGAGGUAGAUAGCUACGGUAGUAUGCAAGUGAACUUUGCCUGUUCUACAUGCGAAUGAUGAUUGUGUAGCUAAAUAGCGAUUGGGAAAUCAUUGCAUUGUCUAAUAUUGUAAUAUUAUUACUAUUAAUAUUAUUGUAAUAAAUAUUAUUUUAAGUGUUAUUUUUGUUAUAUUUCAGAAUAGAGUUCUAGUAUAAAUAAAGUUUGUUGGUAAAUAUUGUUAUAUUUAGAAUGACAUGAAUGGCAGUUAUAUUGUAAACAGUGUUUAAAUGUUAAUAUGGUUUUAUGUUAUUGUAAUUAUUCUAUCAUUAUUAUUACCAUCAUUGCAUUUAGUUAAUAUUAAUAAACACAGAAGCACUUGGGGGUAUGUUUAUAUUGAGUGCCAUGCGACUACAUGUUGAUUAUUGAGUUUGUCUGUACAUAAUAUUUUAUUUUCUUUUUACAAAUCCACAUUUCAUUUAGUUUAAAUAUGAAUGUUUUAUCUCCCUUUUCUUUUUUGUUACAAUGGUUCUUAAAUGUACUUGGCAAUUUUAUAAACCCCUGUAAUAAACUAUAAUGUGAAAAGCCA